AUGUUGCACAUGCAGGCAGUGCUCGUCAAAGGCGACACCAUGUCGAUCAAGGACCUGUUGAAGGAGAAGGGCGGCAGAUGGAAUGGUGGUCUGAAGUCCUGGCUAUUUCCGGGUAGCAAGAAGGCCGCCAUCAUCGAAGAUCUCCAAAGCUCCGACAAAGUCAAGAGCGUCGAAGACAAGACGGGCGGAGCUGCACCAGCUGCUGCUGCAAGCCAACCAACCGCAAAGCCAGUCGCCAAAGCACCUGCGAAGCGCUCGGCAGCGCAGACGAGCCAAAGCGGUGAGAGGGUCUUUGAGUUGGUAGACGAUGUCAGAGUUUCCAUCUCCACCUUCGCGGGCGCGAAUGGCGUUGACAUUCGCAAGUUCUACACCGAGAAGGUCACAGGAGAGCUCCGGCCAACACCCAAGGGCAUUCGGGUGUCGAAGGAAGAGUGGGAUGCGGUUUGCACAGCAGUUCCCGACAUUGAUGCAGCGUUGCAGAAGGAUGACGAAAAGUCAUGGAAGCUCAUCUCAGACAUAACAAUCUCCAUCACAGCUGGUGCUGUCGAUCUUCGUCGAUACUAUGUGGACAAGAACGAUGGGCUGUCUAAGCCAGGCAAAAAAGGCAUUCGGCUGGGAGCACUGCUGUGGCCCUCCCUCAAGGCAGAAAUGCCAGAGAUCAGCAAAGAGUUGGAUCAAGGAGGAGGCCCACCAGCGAAGAAGGCCAAAAGCAAGAAGCCAGAGGUGCCGGAGAUUCCCGAAGAGGCGGAGACACCUGAGGGCAGCGCCGCGUCGAAAGUCAAGUGGAAACACGAGCUCCGCAAAAUCCUGAAAGGCCGUGACCUGAAGGAGAUAAGUCUGCGGAAAGUUCGUGGCGAGUUGGAGGCAGUGCUGUCACUCCCUGCAGAUGGUCUGCUAGAACGCAAGGACGAGGUGAAAGAGAUUGUCACAGAAAUCAUACAGAGCGGGGAGGCCGGCCCGUGA